AUGUCUGAAGAGACCAAAAAUUCUACCCCAAGCAAGCCUUCGGCGACGGUUGCGCCGACAAGCCCCCGCGCCGAGUCACCCACUACCGCGCGACCUUUGGACUUUGACGAUGAACCUCAAGAAUCUGGAGUUAUCACAACUAGCAGCAAUGCCCCUUCAGGCCAGCAGGCUUCGCAGAAUACCACCGAGACACCACCAUCUGCCCCACCAAAGCCUCCAAGGCCCUUGAGCCCCAGAGAACAGUCGCUGAACACCUUGAAGGAAGCUUUCCCCUCGAUUGACCUCGCCGUCAUUAAGGCAGUUCUUAACGCCAGUAACUGGAAUGUGGAGCGUGCAUUCAAUGCCUUGCUCGGAAUGACCGACCCCACCGCCCAAGAAGACAUGGUUCCUCCCCCAAAGCCACCUCGUCCUCAGCGUGUCCCUACCACCACCACUCAGCGACAGUUGGAAGAUGAUGAGCGAUAUGCGCGCCAGUUGGCCGAGCACUACAACGCCCCCGGCGAUCGCCGCCACCGUCCAGCUCCUGGAUGGGAGAACGAUCCGCGCUAUCGCCAACCCCGCGGCAGUGACGAUUCAGGCGAUAAGGAAUACAAUUUCUUCGAGGACGACCUGCCGGUGAUUCGCGAGAAUUUCAAGAAGGGAUUUAUGGAGACCCAGACCAAAGUCAAUGCGUGGUUUGGCAACUUGAAGAAGCAACUCAAUGGCGAGGACGAGGAGGAAGAAGAACAUGCCCGAGCGAGUCAACGAUAUGAGCAGCAAACCUCGACGUUCGGGCGGUCUCGCCGAAGUGGUGAACUCGGUCGUCGUAGUGGAGACCGUGAGCGCUAUGAUGCGGAUCCGCAGGUGUUGAGCGACGAUUUCUCUGCGCUGGAAUUGAGAGACGGUGAAGCUCCUCCUCCACGUCCUCCUCGCCCCAGCGGUGGCGCAACCCUUAAGACGACUGCCUCGCCCUCACCAGGUAGGAGAGUCUCAUUCCAGGAUGGCCCGGCUACCGAGAUCGACAAUCUUUACGAUGCGUCCACUCCUGUCAAGCGUAAUACCACCCCCAGCGGCAAGCCAAGCAAAUGGCAACCUCUGGCUACCGUUGAGCCAUCUCCCGUUGCUGAGAACGACCCCUUCAGCCUCGGCGAUAGCGAUGACGAAAAAGAGGUGAAAGCCAAGGAACAGACUGCUGCCUCGGAGAGUGAUCAGAUCAAGAAGGCGACGGCCGAGGCAACGUCCGGCGAGAUUGGAUCGACCUCGGACAGCAAGAAGGAAAACUCAUCAAAGUAG